ACUUUAUUCGCGUCGCUGAAAGUAAUAACUUUAUUCCAGGUCGUGCUUUGAGUUUGGUAUGCAAGAAGAACAAUUAAUCCUGACUCUACACAGAUCUGAUUGCAACGGUGAAGAUCUAGAAGGUUAUGCUGGUGCAGGCCUUUAUUAUAGUGUGCCUAUGGAUGAAGAAGAGAAAGUUGUUAUUGAUUACUCCUCUGAUCCAUUGAUUAUUGAUGGGAACUUCCGAUAAUCAAUCCUCUCUACCAUUGCCCGUGCGGGAAGGACAAUUGAGGAGCUCUAUAGAUCUCCACAAGACAUUGAAGGCGUAAUCAGGGAAGGGAAAUUCUGUGUUGUCCGGAACAGACCCCAGAUGUGAUCAUCCGCUUUCUUUUCAUUUCCUUUUCCUUUCCAUAAAUCAUUUUGGUGUGA